AUGCGACGCAGGCGACCACGCAGGAAGGCUGCUGGCGUCGUGGGGGAGUCAUCCGGCAAGCGCAGCCGACAGCACAGCAUCACCAGCUCACCGCUGGGCUCGCAAGCGGCGCAAAGCGAAGGGCCGCCGCCAUGUCGCAAGGGGAGCGGGCGACGAAAUGAGUGGCCAACCAGCAGCGACGCCGCCGUGAGCAGCGUGAGAGCAAGGAAUCACAGCCUCGCCUUUGACGCUGCGGUGGCAAAGGUCGCGUCGGAGGCAGCUCUCGGCGUGGCGGAGGUUGAGGAUUUCCGUGACUGGCUGCUCGACCCACAGCAACCUGGACAGCCGAUCGACGGUGAACGCAUCACCGAGUGGCGCGCCUCCGAAGCGUACGAGCGCGCCCGGCUCGAGUGCAUGGACGGUUGCAUGUGCGAGGGUGCGUUCACGUGCACCUACGAUGGCGUAGGCAUCGCCCCAGACGUGCCUGGAGUCACCUGUGACUACUUCGACGAGGCGCUUUUGGAGCCGCGCGCCAACGACGGGCAGCCGUCAGGUGGGGAUCGGGUGCCGGAGGGCUGGGAUGGCGUUGAGGCCGAUCGGCAUGAGGAGCGGGCUAAACUCGAGCGUGAGCGGAUUGAGCGAGAGAAGCAAGACGACCUCGCACACGCUUCAGAGAAAAUUUGGGUUAUUUUGAGACUGGCCGAUGCAUACCUGCGCGACCCGGGUUCAGAGGCGUCACAGGCAUGGCUCGAGGCGCAGCUUGCUCCAGGCGGUGGAGGUCCGACACCUCCUGGCUCGCCCGCCUACGGGGAUGACUGUUACUUCUCCUACCCGGACUCGCCAGUGAGGCGGCCACGCGAGGAGGCGCCUGACGACAGCGACGCAUAUGAGCUCGACCAGGAGCUGCAGGGGCGCAUCUCCUUAUUUUACGGCCGGCCUUGGGACGAGGUGCCGAGAGGCGCGACGGUGCCAGUGACUUGCGAGUGGACCAUCGCAUCAUUCAGCCGACAGCAGCAAAUGCAACGCCCGCUCUCGCCCGCACCGGUAGCCACGGACUUUGACAUUGAGGACGAGUUCCUGCAGGAGCGUGCGCGGACCGCCUCUUUAGCCUUCACCGCGACCGCGCGAACCGUCGGGCACACCGCGUGCCUCGCAACGCCGGGCGUCGGGCGCCGGAUCAAGCACCGACUCCCUGUGAACAAAGCACGCAGCCUCGCAGCAGCCGUUCUCGUGUUUGCGGUAAUCACCUUUCUUAACUUUGGCGUCGCCACCUACUGGUGGCCCGGGCUCAGCGGCCUCUUGGCCAUAGCCGGCGCCUCGAUAAUCCUGUGUUGCUCUGGCACACCAGACGCGCCAUCGCAUGGAGCACACGUUGGCGCCGCCUGGCUUUGCGCCUUUGCUUCCGCCAUGCAGCUCACUGCCGUGGUCAUCUACGUCUGGCUCUGGGCCGUGGUAUCCAGUGACAGUGUCGACUGCGACGAAUACGCCUCGGGCAACCACGACAGCAGCAGCGAGGAUUGCGAGCACCUGACUGGAUUGUUCGCGUGGCUCAUCUGGCCAAUCAUCCUCUUUGACUCCGUGGCCUGUGUCCUCUUUGGCCUGCUGACGGUCUUUUCGCUGCAGGCAGCUCGUGCCAUCGCCUCCGCGCCCCUGUCGCCUUUCCAACCCACCGCGAUGAGGGUAGUAGCGCCCGCGGCCGUCGCUGUGUACGCGGUCCCGCAACCCGAGCCGCAGCCUGUCCCCAAGAGCGUGGCGGUUUGA